UCUCGUGAGAGUUGGCCCUAUAAGCCCGUGUGAGGCGGCCGAGCAGGCCCUUUUCGCUUCCCUUUUCCCAAGAUGGCGCCGAAGGCGAAGAAGGAGGCUGUCCCCGCUAAGACAGAGGCAAAAUCCAAGGCGCUGAAGGCUAAAAAGGCCGUUUUGAAAGGAGUCCACAGUCACAAGAAGAAGAAAAUCAGGACAUCUCCCACCUUCAGGAGGCCCAAAACUUUACGAUUACGGAGACAGCCCAAAUAUCCUAGGAAGAGUGCUCCUCGGAGGAACAAGCUUGAUCACUAUGCCAUCAUCAAGUUCCCUCUGACUACAGAGUCAGCCAUGAAGAAGAUAGAGGAUAACAACACCCUGGUCUUCAUUGUAGAUGUCAAGGCCAACAAACAUCAGAUCAAGCAGGCUGUCAAGAAACUGUAUGAUAUUGAUGUGGCCAAGGUCAACACAUUGAUCCGGCCCGAUGGUGAGAAGAAGGCUUAUGUCCGUCUUGCUCCAGACUAUGAUGCAUUGGAUGUAGCCAACAAGAUUGGAAUAAUCUAAAGUGCAUCCACCAAGAGCUGGGCAGAUGAGAUAAUAAACUUUGUAAAACCA